CUUCCUAGCCUUCUCGAUAAAGCAAAUCUAUCAGAAUAAGAAGCUCAGCCUGAAUCAUUGACAACGAUGCUCCUCGUGGAUAAGCACCGUCCCCGGAAGCUUGAGGCCUUACAUGUUAGUCCGUUUUAUAUUCGUGUUCCGUCUGUAAGAGUCCGGCUGACGAAUGGGAUCUUCACAUUUUAGUAUCAUGAAGGACUCUCCGCUAGGCUCAAGGCUCUGGUAUGCACCCCAGAUUAUGCCCGACCGGAGUGACGUGGUUUGUAUGUGGGAUGGAACUAACAAUUCAUUCUUUGCGAUAGGCCAAUAGUGGUGAUUUCCCGCAUUUGCUUGUGUACGGACCUUCUGGAGCCGGUAAGAAGACUCGGAUCGUUGCUACGUUGAGAGAGCUAUAUGGUCCUGGGGUUGAGAAGGUAUUCUGAUCCGCUGUUCGAGGGAGGGCUGUGCAAGGUGCAGAAGUUGCUAAGGGGUUUGGAUAGAUUAAAAUUGACUCUCGUGUCUUUAUGACAACCACCAACCGUAAGAUUGAAUUCAAUAUCGUCGCAUCCGUCUACCACAUUGAAAUCACUCCAUCCGACGUUGGCAACUCUGAUCGGGUCAUCAUCCAGUCGCUCCUCAAAGAAAUUGGUCAGACGCAACAGGUGGAUAUCGCUGCGAAGCAGAAAUUCAAGGUUGUGGUCAUCAAUGAGGCCGACCACCUUACUAGGGAUGCCCAGGCUGCGUUGAGAAGGACAAUGGAGAAAUAUUCGCCAAAUCUGAGGUUGAUAUUGAUUGCCAACUCUACUGCCAAUAUCAUUGCCCCGAUCAAGAGCAGGACAUUACUGAUCCGAGUUGCGGCGCCCACAAUUGGCGAGAUGGUUGGUGUGCUGAGGCAUGUGGCCGAGUUGGAGAGGUUUGAGUUCAGUAACAAGUUGGCUGGGAGGGUUGCAGAGGAGAGUGGGAGGAACCUGAGAAGGGCGCUAUUGAUGUUUGAAGCACUUUACGCACAGAAGUGAGUUUUUGUGUGAACGCGUUACCUUGUUUUUGCACUCCCAUUUAGCGCGCCCCUGACCUUUCCGAAAAUGCAGUGAGGUUGUUAAAGACAACACACCAAUCCCUCCUCCGGAUUACGAGACUUUGGUCGGCCAAAUCGCGGACGAAUUGCUUGCGGAUCACUCUCCAGCUCGGUAUGUCUAGGUCGAUUUAUGGAGCAAUGGGGGCUUUCUAAUAUAAUGCUAUAUAGUAUCCUCCUUGUACGCGCAAAAUUCUACGACCUGCUUACCCAUUGUAUCCCCGCCACGGUUAUCCUCAAGUUGUUGACCUUCCGCCUGGUUGUGAAAAUUGAUGAUGUUCUCAAAGCGGACGUGAUCAAGUGGGCUGCCUUCUACGAGCACAGAAUUCACCUUGGAAGCAAAGUGAUCUUUCACCUGGAAGCGUUCGUGGCGAAGUUCUUGAGGAUCUUGGAGGGCUAUUUGAUGGGGAUGGAGUUCUAGAGGGUAUAAUUUGCAUGGAUAAUGGCCAAAAGUUUAGGGAUGAAGAUGGUGUUUGCUUGCUUGAUGCUUUUCAUGAACAAUGGCUUGUACGAUAGUGGAAUUUACAGCUGGUCUAUGCCAUCCGUUG